UAUGGUGACCAAGUUUUCUUUUUUCUUUCUUUUUUUUUUUUUUUUGGUACUUUAUCUCUUUCUCCUGCCUUUGUACCAGUAGUCACAACUAAUCAAAGGCAUUCAUAUGGAGAGCGCUGUUGGCCUCUGAAGCGUUCAAGCUGGAUUUGGCCAGCCCGUUCUCCCUCUGUUUUGGAAAGUGGAAAUUCCUGAAGGCACUUCACUUCAGGUUUCUGGUGGGGAUCUAAACAUGCAUGCAGAGACUUUGGUGAACUCCGUCUUAGUUUCUUUGCUUCUAAUUUUGCUCUCUGCCGUUCAAGGAAGUUUACAGCAGUCACUAAGGCAGGUGGGUGGAGAGUGCAAAAUCUCCCCAGAAUCAUCACUGAGGCGCUGUCGGACCUCCGACGGGUUGAUCUGUAGCGGAAGAGGCGAGUGUGAGUGCGGGAUUUGCAUAUGCCAGGUCACGGAACCUGGAACAUUCUACGGACCGCGAUGCGAAUGCCAUGACUGGGUCUGUCCGACAUAUGAUGGGAAGACCUGUGCAGAUCAUGGGACAUGCAAAUGUGGAAAGUGUUUCUGUGAUGAUAACUGGUUUGGGGAAUCCUGUCAGUAUGAGGAGCAAUGUUCCCUCUCCAGCAAAACCAGUAAAGACCGUUGCCGCAAUGCCCAGGGUGUAGUUUGCUCCAAUGCAGGCACCUGUCACUGUGGCAGCUGCAUGUGCCAUAAUCCCGAUGGGAAGGGCCUGAUCAGCGGACACUAUUGCGAGUGUGAUGACAGCGAGUGUUUGGAUGAAGACUCUGGAGAAGUUUGUGGAGGCCAUGGAAAGUGUUACUGUGGAAACUGUUACUGCUCGGCUGGUUGGCAUGGAGAUAAAUGUGAAUUCCAGUGUGACAUCAGCCCAUGGGAGAGUAAGCGGAGAUGCACAUCUCCAGAUGGCAAGAUCUGCAGCAACAGAGGCACAUGUGUCUGUGGAGAGUGCACUUGCUAUGAUGUGGAUCCCUCAGGAGACUGGGGUGACAUCCAUGGAGAGAACUGCGAGUGUGACGAGAGAAGUUGCUAUGCCAUGUACGACAGAUACUCGGAUGAUUUAUGUUCAGGUCACGGCCAGUGUAACUGUGGCAGGUGCGAUUGCAAAGAAGGUUGGGCUGGAAAGAAAUGCGAUCAUCCUCUCUCCUGUUCGCUGUCUAUGGAAGCCAGUCAGAAGAAGUGUCGGGGAACCUCCAGCCUGCCCUGCUUUGGCAGAGGGCAGUGUUUGUGUGGCCAGUGCACAUGCCACCCACCCGGAGAUAAACGCGUACACGGCAAGAACUGUGAGUGUGACGACAGGCAGUGUGAGGACCUGAACGGAGAGAUCUGUGGAGGCCACGGCUUCUGCUCGUGUGGCCGCUGUAUCUGCAGUGAUGGAUGGUUUGGGAAGCACUGCCAGUUCCCCCGCAGCUGUGACAUGACGGACGAGCAGAGCAAGAGCCUGUGCGAGACAGCCGACGGCAUCAUGUGCUCUGGAAAAGGCUCUUGUCACUGUGGUCACUGUAUCUGCUCACCACAGGAGUGGUACAUUUCAGGGGAAUUCUGCGAGUGUGAUGACAGGGAGUGCGACAAACAUGACGGGCUGGUUUGCACAGGGAACGGCGUGUGCAACUGCGGAAAUUGUGACUGCUGGGAGGGCUGGACAGGAAACGCCUGUGAAUUCUGGGUUGGAGAGGAGUAUUAACCCCUGGUGGACACACUUAAAGACUGUUUCUGUUGUUAGUCAAGACAAGAAAAGGUGGCUACAUCAACAGCAAACAAGGGAUUUUAGAAAUUUGUGCAAUAUAACAGCAUUUAAAUUCUAUUAAUUAAAACUGUGGUUUCAAAUCUAUUAUAUGCACAUAAAACAGCUGUGGGAGAUGACUUCUAUAAUCCUCUAUAGUUUUCCUUAUAACAUAUUAUAUAUAUAUAUAUAUAUAUAUAUAUAUAUAUAUAUAUAUAUAUAUGAAAAUUGUGUAUAAUAAUGCUUACAUAGACUAUUGACUGACACAUAAGCACAAGUAAAAGGAGAGAAUCCAUGGAAAUGGCCAACAGAGAAAUAAGAGCAUUUUAUUAUUAUUCAGGUUGCUGUUUUUCAAAGCGCUGCUUGUGUGCAAAGUUUUGACCCUAUUUUAUUUACGGUACGUUUCACGUGACAAAACUGUUGUAAACAGCCUGAUGCCAAUAAAUUUAAACUGCUCUGAGAUUU